CAGCGCAGCGCGCCCACCGGCCUCCUCCGCCGCAGAGCAUCUCGAUGGAAACAGCCCGGCCGGGCCCUGCGGACGCCGCGUCCGGACGAGGACAGGAUGGACGGGCCCGCCUCGCUCCCCAAAUCCCCGGGUUCGAGUGACGGCGAGGGCGACGGGGCGACCGCGCCCCGCGACGGGCUGGAGCUCAACCCCUUCGACGGCCUGCCCUUUUCCUCCCGCUACUACAAACUCCUGAAGGAGAGGGCGGCGCUUCCCAUCUGGAGAGAAAAAUAUCCCUUCCUGGAGAGGCUGCUCCGAGACCAAGUGGUGAUUGUGUCCGGGGACAGCCGCAGCGGGAAGAGCUCGCAGAUCCCGCAAUGGUGCGCCGAGUUCUGCCUGGCGGAGGGUGCCGAGGCCGGGAGCGUGGUGUGCGCCCAGGUGCACCCGCAGGCCGCGGUGGCCCUGGCGCUGCGGGCGGCGGAUGAGAUGGACGUCGGCCUCGGCCAGGAGGUGGGCUACGCCGUCCCCUUCGACAACUGCUGCUCCAGCGAAACCAUCUUGAGGUACUGCACGGCGGAGGUGCUGCAGCGGGAGAUGCGGUCGCUGCCCCUGCUGAGCCGCUACGCGGUGGUCGUACUGGACGACGUGCACCUGAGGAGCGCCGCCACGGACGUGCUGCUGGGCCUGCUGCGCGGGGUCCUGCGGGCCCGCCCGCGCCUCCGCCUCGUGCUGCUGCUGGCCGCCUCGCCGGCCCUGCCGGCCGAGCUGCGGGCCUUCUACGGGCCCGGGCCCGUCCUGGAGGUCAGCGCCCGCCGGCCCCCGGCCCGGGUCGUCUACCACAGCGACGCGCCGGACGACCCCGUCGGCUGCGCCGCCAGGCUGCUCUUCGACAUUCACCGGACGGGAGAGAGCGGCCACGUCGUGGUCUUCCUGGCCUGCGAGCAGGACAUUAGGAGAGCCUACGAAAUAAUCUGUGAGGAAGGCUCGCGCCUGGGCCCGGAAGCCGGAGAGUUGGUUGCGGUUCCUUUGUAUCCGAGGGAAAAGUUCGCGAUGCUGAGGCCAAACGAGGACCCGGAAGAAGGUUUCCAGGCCCCGCGGAGAAAAGUGGUGCUGACCACCAGCUCGGGAGAGGCCCUCAUCGGACCCGACGCCUUCAGAUUCGUCAUCGACGUGGGGCUGGAGAGGAGGAAGGUGUACAACCCGUGGAUCCGGGCCAGCACGUGGACGACGCAGCCCAUCAGCGAGGCCCGGGCCCAGGAGCGCCGGUGCAUCCCCACGGCCCCCGCAGGCCAGGUGUUCUGCUUGUAUUCCCAAGAGUGGAGCCGCAGACACAUGCAGCCGCUCGCCCCCGUGCAGCUGCAAGAAUGCAACCUGACGGGCACUGUGCUGUUCCUCAAGAGGAUGGACAUUGCCGGCCUGGGCCGCUGCGACCUCAUCACCAAGCCAGCUCCGGCCAGCCUCAUGCAGGCACUGGAGGACCUGGAUUACCUGGCCGCCCUGGACGACGACGGGAACCUCUCCGAGUUUGGGAUCAUCAUGUCGGAAUUCCCGCUGGAGCCGCAGCUGGCCAAGGCCCUCCUGGCGUCCUGCGAGUUCGACUGCCUCUCCGAGAUGCUCACCGUGGCUGCCAUGGUGACAGCUCCGCCGUGCUUCCCCCCGCCGCCCCGGGGGGCCGAGGAGGCGGCGUGGGCCCGGCGCCGCAAGUUCGUCCACCCCGAGGGCGACCACUUCACUCUGGUCAACGUCUUCAACGCCUUCCAGGAGGCGAGCGGGGGGACCCGCGGCCAAGGCCGGGCGGAGCGGUGGUGCCGGGACUACUUUUUGGACGCGGCGGCCCUGCGGGCGGCGGCCCGCCUGCGGACGGAGCUGGCGGACAUCGCCAAGCGCGUGGAGCUGCCCUGGUCGCCGCCGGCCUUCGGCUCCCGGGAAAACGCCGUCAACCUCAAGAAAGCCCUCCUCUCCGGGUUCUUCAUGCAGACGGCCCGGGACGUGGACGGAGCGGGGAACUACCUGAUGCUGACCCACCGGCUGGUGGCCCAGCUGCACCCGACGUCCGGCUACCGCCACGGCCCCGCCGCGCCCGAGUGGGUGGUCUUCCACCAGUUCGGCCUGUCGGACCACAGCUACAUCCGCGUCGCCUCGGCCGUCACCCCGGAGCUCUUGGUGCAGCUGACGCCGCAGUAUUACUUCAGCAACCUGCCGCCCAGCGAGAGCAAGGACCUCCUCCUCCAGGCCGCCGGCCGGCCGGCGGACCCCGCCGAGCCGGACCGGACCCCCGCGGCCCCGGCCGAACCCCGCUGCAGCGUCCAGUGACGCCCGGGCACGUGGCGGCGGCGGCGGGCACCGGCCGCGGGCCGCGGCCUUUCGCGGAAACGGUGACGGACGGGACGGUGGUG